GUAAAAAUUUUGCAGACAUGUUAGAUAACAAUAUUUAUCAAGAAAAGACAGCCUACCGAUUUUGUGAUGUAAAAUCUCAAUUACUGUUGAUACAAACACGUCAUGUCAGGAACCUAAAACACCAAUAAUGGCUACAUCAACAGUGUUAAAUGAAAACUAUAUCACAAACUAUGCAAGACUUGGUCAUGCAGCCCAAGAACUUCUUCCUGAAGUGUUACGCGAACUUUUAUUGAUUAAGGAACCACCUACUAUGCUUUUCAAAGAUUGCAAAGCCAAUAAAUAUUUUGCUGAUCGAGUACUCAGACUAGUAGAAUGGCAACGUAUUACUAAUGUUGCUACUGACGGAUACUCUAAAUUUGACAUACAACUAUCAUAUAAAAUUAUACGAAAUCUUAACCUUGUGACAUGUCCAACACGUGGUUGGGACCACCCUCAAGAUCCAAUGGUUCAUGAAUUGACUAUAGGCGAUGAUGUCGAAAGAAUAAGACGACAAAGAAACGAAAUUUUACACAAAGGAGAAACUAAAGUUACUGAUAAAGAUCUCGCGGAGUAUUUUUCAGUCUUCAAAGGUUUAGCAAUACGACUAGAAAAUUAUUUAGGCAAACCACAGGGUCAUUUUUUAUCCAAAUUCGAACAGCUUGAAACUCGUUGCAUGGACCAGAAAUCAGAAGAACAAUUCAUACAAACAAUCAAGAAUUUGGUUAAAAACGAAGAAGAUAUCAAAGAUGAAGUUGGCAGAGUUCGAAUAGAGGUAGAACAGCUUAAAAUAAAAGGCAAUUCGAUAUCUAAGUUAGAAGAAGAAAAUAAAUGUCUUGCAGAGCGAUUUGCUAAAGUUGAAGAAAUGUUGCUUUCUUUACUAAAACAUAACAAAGACACAAUGCCAAUUGAUUUAUUUGAACCCUAUUUAGUGGAAUGGCAAGAAGAAGAAAAAGACUUUGUUCUUACAAGAGCGGCUCAAUAUGUUCUUGACGCUAUUGUCACUGACAGUUGUAAAUGCAUAGUAGUCACUGGCUGUCCUGGGAGUGGAAAAUCUGCAAUUAUUCACCAUGUUGUCAUAUUUCUACAGAAAACUAUGGCAUACGAAAUAAUACCAAUUGUUUGUGAACCGGGAGAUUUUAAACAAUAUUUUAGUUCCAGCAGACGGCAAGUAUUUGUUUUAGACAAUACAUUUGGUACGAUUGCAGUAAAUGCACGACUUGUUGAAAGUUGGUAUGCCAAUCUAGAAGUAAUUGAAAAAAUGUUAAACAUUGGCAAUACUAAAGUUCUUUUAUCAUGUCGUAUGCAAAUAAUGAAUGAUUCUCAUCUCCAACGACUUAAACUAUUCACAUCGAACGAAUGUAAUUUGCAUACAGAAAAAAUGUUUUUGCUCGAAAAAGAACGCAUGAUGAUUGCAGAAAGAUACCUAAACAUUUCGGAAAUAAAAGAAAUUUCGGAUAUAAUGAACCUGUAUGAAUUCUUUCCACUGCUUUGUAAAUGGUAUGCAAAGAAUAAAAAAACAAGUAUUAGAGAUUUUUUUCAAAACCCUGUUGACAUUUUUAAACAAAACAUCGUCGAAAUGAAGGAAGAUCCAAACAAAAUCCAGUAUUGUGCAUUUGUUUUAUGCUUAUUGUAUAAUGGGAGAUUACAUGAAAAAUGGUUUGAAAUAGGAAGUGAAAAUGAAAGUACAUUGCAAUCGAUUUGUGGAGAAUUUGGAAUUGACUUUCGGAUUAAAAGAAAAAAUCUACAGCAGCAACUGGAUAGACUUGAGAAUACUUAUAUUAAGAAAGUUAACAGAAAUUAUUACAUUGUGCAUGAUAAAGUAUAUGAUGUCGCAGUGGUAAUUUGUGGACAAGACCUUAUAGAAUGUUUUAUUGAAUAUACAGAUUCUACAUUUAUUGGUGAUCGAUAUCAGUUAGAGUCCACUGAAACAGACUUUGAUGAAACCGUCAUUAUAAUACCAAAACAACACGAAGAUAGGUAUUUCCAACGAAUUUUGAAAGAUCUAGUAGAAUAUGGACAUAUAUACAGUUCAUUUCAAAAUAGACAACUGCAGAAUCAACAGUAUAGGGAUAAGCUUAUGGCAUUCAUGCGAAGCAAUAAAUGUAUUAUAAGAAACAUACUGCAAAAGAUGGACGAACUUCAGCUACGUUUAAUAGAAAGCAGGCAACAACAGACCGAAGAUAUUAUUUCACUCUCCGCUGAAGAAGGUGACCACUCAUCUUCCGGCGAAGAUAGUGACCACCCAUCUUCCGGUGAAGAUAUUGACCACUCAUCUUCCGGUGAAGAUUGUGACCACACAUUGUUCGGUGAAAACACAGAAAGCGAUAACACGGAAGUGCAAAGGCCUAGAAGAAAUAAACAAAAUACCAAUCAGAUAUGUCCGACAGAUGAUAAAGACUUUCCACUACCACUUCUAGAGUCUUCUGUACAAGGCCACGAAGAUAUUGUAAAACUCUUGAUCAACUUUGGCUGUAAUGUCAAUGUUUUUGACAAAUUUCGUAGAACUGCAUUGUUUCUUGCAGCUUCACAUGGUCAUCGUUCUACUGUCGAAACACUUUUACAAAGCAACUGCAAUUCAUCAUUGUGCGACGUCUGGGAGCGAUCCCCUUUUUAUGUUGCUUGCCAAGAAGGUCACUCAGAUAUAGUUAAACUAUUACUAAAGGUUUCAGAUAUCUCCAAAUCAGACACGUGCUACUUUAAAACACCCCUUCAUGUUGCAUGCGAAUUUGGACAUUUUAUGAUAGUGAAGAUGUUGUUAGAAAAUGGAUCUAGUAUUUAUCAGUGCAAUACUGAUGGCCAUUCGCCAUUGUUUGUAGCUUGUGAAAGGGGACAUACGCAAUUAGUGCAAUUACUUCUUGCUCAUGGCGCUGAUAUUAACCAGAGAGACGAAAAAGACAAAACACCGCUCUUUAUUGCUUGCGAAAACGGUUAUUCUGAAGUAGUGAAAAUUCUUCUUGAUCAUAAAGCCAAUAUUUCAUUAUGCAACUCUGAUGGAUUAUCGCCAAUACAUGUAGCCUGUAAGUGGGGUCAUACAAAUACAGUAACCAUUUUGAUAGAAAGAAACGCCGAUAUUAAUAGAUUAGAUCGUUUAUAUGGGCGAACGCCACUUUUCCUUGCAGUUGAAGGACAAUAUAGUGAAAUAAUUGAGCUUUUGGUCGAAAACGGCUGCGUUAUGUUCUUUCUUUUAAUUAUUCUGAAUGGUCUCCUUUGA